GUCUAAGCCAGGGCCAUUAACCUUCGCUUAUAUAAGACCAGAAUCAUAAUGAAUAUCAGUAGAAACACUUUACAGCAUCUAGUGAUCGUCAAGGAUAUAAUAUCCUGAAGAACGCGCACAGAACUACAAUAAAACUGACAAUGAAGACUUCCUUGUUCAUCGCAGCUUUCUUCGUCACUCUAGUGUCCAUGGUGACGUGGACGGAAGCGAGGUAUUCCUAUCAUGGUAAAACGAUCAAAUGUCUGCCGUACAAUACUAAAUGCACAAAUACCUACAAAGGUUGUAGUGUCUACAAGGGUGUGUGCCGGUGUAGUAGAGCUGUGUUCUGUUGUCAAAAUCCCUUCCAGUACAAGAAACUGUCCAGUUGCCUGACUCACAAUAAACCAAAGGAUCCUUGUAAACCUAAUCCAUGUCAGAAUGGUGGCUACUGUGCGCAGCUCAACGAGACCCAAUACCGCUGUAUGUGUCGCGGAACUGGUUUCUUUGGAACGAGAUGUGAUCGAAAGUGUCACUGGCAGCAAGGUAGCUUCUUCAGAGUCAUGAAAGCAAUUUGGCAACAGAAGAACAGAACGAAGAUGCGACAGAUAUUUGCAUGCCUUAGUUUUUAAGUAAUCUAUUCAGCUGGGUACGAAAGCGGUUUCUUAGAACAGGGAAGAUGGCAGGGAAGUUUACAGUUUAUCGUCAUUUACUCGCUUCCCUCCAGGCUUCAUUCAGGAGAGUAAGGAAUAUUUGUGUAUCGCAUUUAUAAACUUAGGAUUGUCACAAAAGGUGCUAAAUCGGAAAACUCUAAUACGGGAUAUAUUUUAUCUCAACUAGCAGUCAAUGUAAACCCGAAUAGAGGCAAACUCGUUCCAAAGGCCUUCUCUUCUCGCUUUUUUCAAGGUGGCGAACGAUGUUGGAAUAGAGGCUUUGCCCCAUCACGUGGUGGCAGCCAUGACAGGAGGCACAACAACUAAGUCUUUUUCCUCCCGAGAAACUGAAUACUUUCUCAUGUAAAUCAGAUCAGAUUAGAAUAUAUGUAUUAUUACUGCCUCCUGUCAUGGCUGCCAUCACGUGCUGGUGCAAAGCAUUUAAUGGCGGCUAAAAAUCGCAAUAAUUAUUAGAUAUUAGUUUCACCGAUUCUUUCUCAUCGAAUUUGGCCUAAACAUUUAUCUGUUAUGGGAAAAAAGAAAAAAAGGUUCAAAGAAAAAACAUUUAUUGUUGCAAAGAUUAGAUGUGAUAUCAAUGCUAUACACGGAACAAUAUAUUUUAUCAUAUUAAAUAAAGAAAACACAGAAGAGAGCACACCAAUUCAAGUAGCUGGUACUAUGUAAACAUGACCACAUAUUUAUAGCAAAGAUACAUGCACUCCACUCGAUUGUUAUACAUGCUCGACCAAAUACAAUACUUCGAGCAUGCCUAAUGUCAAGAGUUAGUGCACACAGGCUAGCAGCUCAGCAGUCAUAGGAAAAAGCCAAAUAAAAGCUUUUAAAUUAAUUAAAUAAUAUGACUAAUAUAAUGAUAUGUUAGGUUAAUAUUAUGUUUUGUUUUUAUAAAGUUCUUUAUGGAGUGCGCUGUAGCACGGCUGUGGUUCCCUGCUACACAGGAAUCCCAUUUUGUAUUAAACUAACUAGCUCUUUGUGAAGCUAAACUUUGCGGAA